AUGUUGAGUAAGGCUGUUCAGGUGGUUACCUGCGGCCGGACAGGGCUAAAUAAGGCGUUUCCUAUCAAACUGCUUCUUAUACUUGUAUUUUUUCUAGCCUUUUCAGUUGCUUUCAUCAUCGUUACUGUAUCCACGAUAAAGUAUUAUGGAAUCAAUAGUGUGGUCACCUCAGUCACUUCUAGCUUCGUGCCAUGUGGCGAGAAACAGAAUGCUUUGGAUAAAUGGACAAAACCUCCUCUAUCUCUCAUGCAUAAUAUGAGCGAUGAAGAGCUUCUUUGGCUGGCCUCUUUCAUGCCUCAGAGGAAAGACUAUCCGUUUAAUAGGGUCCCGAAAAUCGCGUUUAUGUUCUUGACGUUGGGUCCCUUGCCGUUUGCACCACUUUGGGAGAGGCUUCUCAAGGGCCAUGAAAAGCAUUACUCGGUGUACAUCCAUUCACAAGUUUCUUCUUUGGCCGAGUUUCCAGCUUCCUCUGUAUUCUACCGUCGGCAGAUACCAAGUCAGGUUGCAGAAUGGGGAACAAUGUCUAUAUGUGACGCAGAGAGGCGGCUUCUUGCAAAUGCAUUGCUAGAUAUCUCAAACGAAUGGUUUAUUCUCCUCUCCGAGUCAUGCAUUCCCCUCUACAACUUUACUACUAUCUACGGUUACAUAACCAAAUCAAAGCAUAGCUUUAUGGGUUCAUUUGAUGAUCCUAGUCCCUAUGGCCGAGGCCGCUACAAUGGCAACAUGUCCCCUGAAGUAUCCAUAGAGGAAUGGAGGAAAGGGUCUCAAUGGUUUGAGGUUAACCGGGAGCUUGCAGUUUACAUUGUCCAAGAUACCUUGUAUUACCCUAAAUUCAAAGAGUUCUGUACGCCCGCAUGUUACGUGGACGAGCAUUAUUUCCCAACAAUGUUGACGAUUGAGAAACCAGCGGCCUUGGCUAACCGUAGCUUGACUUGGGUAGACUGGUCGAGAGGUACUGGUGCCCACCCGGCUACAUUUGGAGAGCUAGAUAUCAAUGAGGACUUCUUUGCGAGGAUCAUGAAAGGGGACAACUGCACUUACAAUGGAGAAAGCACAUCCAUGUGUUCUCUCUUUGCUAGAAAGUUUUCUCCCAGUGCUUUGGGGGCUUUGAUUCAGAUUGCUCCCAAGAUUAUGAGUUUUUGA